AACGGAAAAUAGACACAACCAGUGAGAGAGGAGCACUAUGCUGCCUGAGACACGCUUGUCCGUCACUUCCUUGUCGACACCAGAACGAUGUGUGUGUUACUAGAGACACUUAAUAAAGUUGUUCUUGGUGAGAUAGGAAGUGUCCGCAUGCGCAGUGUGUCUCUCCGUCCCCAGAAGCUACACGUGUAGGGCGGAAGAUGGCGGAUAGCGUGCGGCAUAGCCUGGACAGCGCACAGGUUAAGAAGGCAAUACAGGCUCUUUUUGCGUAUCAGAAAACAAAGAAGGCUAAUUCUUUGCUUUUAAAUGAACAUGACCAGGUAUCCUUAAUGGUUACUGUAUGGAAAAUUCCAACUCGCGCACAAACCAUCAGAAUUCCGCUUCCUCAUGGAAUUAGACCUAGUACAAGUGAAGUUUGUCUCUUCACCAAAGAUGAGCCAAACAUGAAUGCUGAACAGACAGAAAAGUUCUACAAAAAAUUGCUCAGUCAGCAUGGAGUUACACAGAUAACUGAGGUCAUUCCUCUUAAAAAACUGAAAAAGGAGUAUAAGCCUUUCGAAGCAAAGCGCCGUUUGCUGAGCAAUCAUGACCUUUUUCUCUCUGACGAUAGAAUCCGCAGACUACUGCCAUCCCUUAUAGGAAAACAUUUCUACAAGGAAAAGAGAGAGCCCCAAUCUGUGAAUCUGAAGAGCAAGCACCUGGCUACUGAAUUGAAUCGCUAUAUCCAGGGCACACAGCUUCAUAUAACCAACAAAGGCUGCUGCUACACAGUACGUGUGGGUCAUACUGGCAUGGAAGUUGCUGAUAUUGUUGAAAACACACUCACCGUUGCUCAAGCCUUGGCUGAGAAGUUUCCAAUGAAAUGGAAAAACAUUAAAGUUCUACAUUUGAAAACCCAGACUUCUGUGGCUCUUCCAGUCUUCAACUCUUCCUUUGAUAGCCUGGAAGAACUAAAAAUGGUGAAGGCAAUGGUAAAGAAACCUUAUAAAAAGAAGCCGAAGAAGAAAUCCGCUAAAGACAACAAGCCAGUAACUGCUGUCACUGGAGACGCACAUGAAGCUGUAGCAAAUGAUGGAGAAGAAUCCGUGACUUCUCCCAAACAGCAGAAUGAAGAUGAUGAGAUUCCUCUGCUGGUUCCUAUUGAGGAGCCAACUAGUAAAAAGAAAGACAGAAAGAAGAAAUUGGGCACCAUAAAAUCACCAGCAGAAAAGUGGAAAGCAGGUGAAAAAAGAAAAGGGUUUACAGAGUCCACUCCAAAACCUUCAGCUCAGAAGCGCAAAAUAAUUGACAGUGACAAGAAUGAGAGCGAAAUUGCAAGCAAGCAUAAAAAAGAGCUCCGUGUGAAACCACUGAGGAAGGAGACUGAGGAGAACUCUGCAGCCAGACGCAGCAUUCUUAAAAAGACUCCCAAGAAAGCACCUGGCAAAUCUAUCCUGAAACUCACAAAAUCUGCCCAAAAAGCCCCUCAAACGCCAAAACCAAAGCAAAAAAAGAAAAUGAAUAACCCACAGUCUGUAUGAGGUUGUAAUAUUGAAGAGAUUAAAUAGUUAAUGUGGGGGGUUUUGUUUGUAAUUAAAUUUUUUAGGUCUUUCCUAA